AUGACAAAGUCAAUGAUGAAGAUCCUUGCGGUCUUCCUCACCUUGAUCACCAUGGUUCUCGCUGCCAGCCUACCAGGCCCAGUGUCUCGCACCGUUGAUGUCUUCAACGAUGGAAACAACGGAGUGUUGAGAUUCAAGGGUCCCAUCCAUGGCGUCUAUGUUGAACUCAAUGGUACUGCCGAUGAAAUCUACGAUCAAUUCUCCGAGUUGUAUCCUGAGGUUGUUGCCAAUGUCAUCAUCCCCGAUUCGGUCGCAACCCACCUGGCUGCUCGUGACAGCAACGUCGAGCUUGUUCCUCGCAGCAAGACCAACAUGCUCUGCUAUCCCGUCAAUGCUCAGAACUGGGGCCCAGCCUGGAUCCCUUACUUGUAUGAUGCUAUCAACAAGUUGAGCGUUCUUGGUGAUGGUGAUUGCUACGUUGACGGAGGCCCACGCUGGUGUGUCAUGCUUACCUGCUCCCGAGGUGACGGUAUCUGGCUCUGCAACGAUAACAUGUAUCCUAUCUCGCCAAACUGCGGUUACCUUGCCUCAUAUGCAUGGGACAUGGUCUUCCAAUGUACACACAACGACUUGACUGGUGGGCAAGAGUUCGACUCUGACGGCUACAACGUCGUUGUCCGCAACCAUAGUUGUUAGAUUCUCAGUCUGGCGUGUUUCUGCUCCUUGGUCUUCUUGCGUUGGAGGAUAAUUACUGGGAUCGCAAUGGGUUUCGUGCUUCUUACAUACACAAUUGGUGGGCAAAGAUGGUGUUU